CAUAAUUAUAAGCCCAAUAGUUUGUGAAAUCUUCAACAAGAACCCAAUGAAGAGACAACAUUAUUUUCUACUAGUCCAAACAAACACAUCAAAACCCUAAAACCUAUAGAAGAAAAACAUACUACUACGCCGUCCUUGAUUUCUCUUUUUCUUUCUCUGUUUCAUCCUCCUUGCUCCUCCAUCAGCUGCUGCAAUGGGUAAAGGUACCGGAAGUUUUGGAAAGAGGAGAAACAAGACUCAUACCUUGUGUGUUAGAUGUGGCCGCCGCAGUUUUCACCUUCAGAAGAGCCGAUGUUCUGCCUGUGCCUUCCCCGCUGCUCGUACUCGCAAAUAUAAUUGGAGUGUGAAGGCAAUUAGAAGAAAGACAACUGGAACUGGCCGCAUGAGGUACCUUCGUAAUGUUCCACGCCGUUUCAAGACUGGUUUCAGAGAAGGCACUCAAGCUGCACCAAGGAAACAAGGAGCUGCCGCAUCUGCUUAAACUAAGCUUGGACAGGUUGAUUUGGGUAUUUUUCGAGAAUUAACUCCAUUUUUGCAUCUUUCAAGUAGUUUCUUAUUUCCUUUGAGACAUUGUAAUUUGAUGAAAGUGAGAUUAUUGGAUUUUCGAUCAUUACAUUGUAUUAGCUUCAAAUAUUUUGAGACCAAAAGAUGAGAUUAUUUUGUUUUGUCAAAAAUCCUCCUUCUGAUGCUGUGGUCUCAUGUCUCUUAUGAUAAGGUUUCUAUUAUAAUU